AUGAAUCACUCGAUCAACAUGUCCCAAUCCACUCCGUCUGAGCCCCCAGCGUCGAAGUUGGAAGUCCAGUACAGCCUCGGCAAGUCCUUCGCUAAUCCGACGCCAAUUGCGGUGCUAGGCCUUGCGAUAAGUGUAUCGACGCUGGGAUGCGAUCUUAUGGGAUGGAGGGGAGCUGGUGGCGAUGGCGCGGCGUCGACGGGAGCUUAUUUCUUCAUGGGUGGACUGCUCAUGAUACUGGGCGGAUUUCUAGAGUUUAUUGUGGGAAACACAUUCCCAUUCAUUCUGUUCUGUGGGUAUGGUGGGUGGUGGUUGAGCUUCGGUGCCACGCUCCAGCCCUUCUAUGGAGCGUACGGAGCCUACUCGCCCGAUCCCUCGAACACCUCAAAGGGUCUUGAAAUGGCAGGAUUCAAUGCAAGCUUUGGAUUCCUGCUCGUGUUUAUGGGAAUCUUCUCUCUCGUGUGUUUCCUGGGCGCAUUGAAAGUACAUAUUGCCCUUGCUGUGGUGGAGUUGAGUCUCACCAUAGUCUUUGCGCUCCUGGCGGGUGCCUUUUGGGAGGUCGCUAUGGGAAAUGCAAGUGUUGCCUCGAACCUCUAG